UUAGCUUGUUCAGCCAAAAAGUAUACAAAAAAGAUUCAAAAUGUUCAGAUUCUUUGUAGCCACAACACUUCUAGUCGCAUACGUUUAUGCCUUACCACAGCAAGCAGCCCAGCCAGCAAGUGCUGAUGGCGCAGCUACAUUACUUUCAAGCACAUUUGCUGAUGAUGGCGCAGGAAAUUUCAACUUUGCAUUUGAGACAAGCAAUGGAAUUAAGGAACAAGCACAAGGACAGUUGAAAGAUGUUCAAGUCCCAGUAUUUGACACAAAUGGACAAAAGACUGGUGAUCAACCUGGCAAAGCUGAAGUUCAAACUGGUCAAUUCUCAUACACAGCUCCUGAUGGCACACCAAUUACAGUUCAAUGGGUUGCUGAUGAAAAUGGAUUCCAACCAAAAGGUGAUCACUUACCAGUUGCACCAGCAGUACCAGCCAAGUAAAAAAUAAUGAAACAAGAAUAACAAUAUGGCAAUUCUUAUAUAUGACACCAAAAACUAUGUGAAUAAUCUUUAUUUAGUCAGUACUUUUUAUAAACUCUUAUAAUCAAAGAGAAUCAAUAAAUAUUGUUCAGCAACUGCACAAAGCGUGCGAAAAUGUUAA